AUGUGUUCCGAGGCUUCUCUCUCUCUCUCUCACUUGCACUCUCUCUCUCUCUCUCUCACUUGCACUCUCUCUCUCACUUGCACUAUCUCUCAUUUGCACUCUCUCUCUCUUGCUCUAUCUCUCUCACUCUCUCUCUCCACCCCUCUCUUGUACUCUCUCUCUCACUUGCGCUCUCACUUGCACUCUCUCUCUCACUUGCACUCUCUCUCUUGCACUCUCUCUCACUUGCACUCUCUCUCAUUUGCACUCUCUCUCAUUUGCACUCUCUCUCUCUUUCUCUAUCUCUCUCACUCUCUCUCCCCACCUCUCUCUCGCGCGUGCCUUGGUCUGUUUUCUCUCUUUUCUCCUUUUCCUUUUGCGGCCCACUCUCUCAUUCUCUCUUUCUAUCUCUCUCUCCUCUUCGUUUUCUUUCUUCCUCGCACACUUUCUCUCAAUCUAUCUCCAUUUCUUUAUACGUUUUACUUCUCGUCUUCUUUCACUAACUCCUUUUCUAUUUUUUCUUUUUUUUUCUCCAUCUUUGUCUUGUCGCCUCACUCUAAUUUUGUCUCUCACCCUGUUCGCAUUUUUCUCCACCUUCUUCUUUUUUUCUUCACCUUUUUUUCUAUUUUUUAA